CUCGUUCACAAUUUCACAAGCAAGUGACCAUAAUCAGAAGUGGGUGGAGGCGUUUUAGUUUGUGGAGACGAUCUUCUUUACUGGUGAGGAAUGGUGGGAAAAUCAUUGGCUUCACCUCUGCUUACCUUUCAACCUGCAAUAAAUUGUUCCUUUUCCACUUCAGAUACUGCCGCAUCUGCACCAAGAUUUUCAGUGCUCAAAUUGUCGUCGUUGGAUGGCCUAACUCUCAAUAUACGAACUGAUGCAAUCAGAGGAAGAGGUUGUAUCUCUGUUUGCACAUCUCAGAAAUGGGUGAUACGUUCAACUGCAAAAACCCAAACUAUAGUUCUGGGUGAUGAAGAGAAAAAGAUGUGGGAAGCAUGCAGGCAAGCACUGUCUGCAUUCAGCUUCAGUGACGAGGAAGAAGACAAGAUAUUAGGAAAAGCAUUUGGUCAAAUCCAUUCACCUUAUUGGGGUGAGGAUAGAGCAAAGGAAGUUCCAAAAUUUGAAACAGUGAAUGAUAUAUUGGAUUAUCUCAAGAAUUUGGGUCUUUCAGAUGAUGAUCUUGGAAAGUUACUUAAGAAAUUCCCUGAAGUUCUUGGAUGUAGUCUUGAGGUAGAGUUGAUGACCAAUGUCCAUGUUCUGGAAAAGGAAUGGGGAAUUAAAGGAAAAUCUCUUCGGAACCUUCUUCUCCGUAAUCCCAAGGUUCUGGGUUAUAAUGUGGAUUGUAAGGGAGACUGUAUGGCUAAAUGCACACGUUGUUGGGUUCGAUUUUAGCUGCCUCAUUUUUUACCCUAAUAAAAAGGGAAGAAUUAAUGUAUGCUAGGUUCCAGAUAUGUUUGAACAGUUGAAAAUACCUAUACAAAAUAUUCAGGUUAUUCUGUGGUUUUCCUUUGAUUCUUGGAAAUCCGAUGAGCAGGUCAGAUGUAACUAUUUUUUGGUUUUUU